CCUUGAGCAUAAAUAAUGUCAUCCUCUGGUUCUUCCUGUAUAUUUACUGAGAUCUGCAAGUCAGUCUUCACUCAACUGCACAACGUUUCGGACGCAGGCGUCUAGACAGGCCAGAAAGCAUCGCUCGAUUGAUGAAUCGGUUCGGCCGACUUGUCGAAAAGAGCCGGUUCAAAAAAAACGAUUCGUUCACGAUUCAUUCAUGUAAACUACAGGGGGAGGGACUUCCUUUGUAGUGCCGAUUCCCGGAUGUGUUUUCAAACUGCAAAGAGACUGAAGUAGCCAAGUUAUCACGGCGUUCAGGCUCGUUUGCGGCACCGACGCGGCGCUCAGCCUUUCGGCGUUCGUCUCUCCUUCUGUCCGGACCAUGAGAGCGCGGGGCAGAGGCGGGCCACGCCGCGCGGACUGCUGAGUCAACGUGAGUCAUCUAUAUGGGCCAUCUUCUCUCGAAAAAUGGCUACUGCCUGAAGAAGAGAACGCGGAAGUUGCGCAAGAAGAAGAGGAGGAAUUGCUUCCUUCAGGGCCCCUGCAUGCUCUGCUUCAUCGUCCGCAGCACCAGUGAGAGCCUUGAGGACGAGUGCCCCUGUGAGAGUGGUGGUGGUGCGGUGUCUGCUGCCUCCAAGCUCGCCGAACACUACGCGUCGCUAAGCUCACCCGAGGACUGCGCCAGAUUCCUCCUGUCGCCCGGGGUGUUGGGCGUUGGCUGGGAGGGACAGGGCCGGAGGAGUCUGCUGUCUACUGUGCCGGCCAGGCUGAUCGGGGCCCCGGCACUGUUCCACUGCUCCGCCGACUACUCAGAGAUGGUGUGCAAGCGCAAGUCUGGUGAGCCGCGCCGGUGCACGGCUCCCUGCAAACAGCCUCGUUGCGCCUUUCAUGAGGCCGGGGAGGAAGGGGAGGAGGAGAGGAACACCUCUCCCACGGCCGACCAACGUCUCCUGCCCCAGCUAUGCCCCCUGCCGUCCUCUUCCUCCGCCUCGUCGUCAGAGGAGGAGAGCUCAGGUGUGGGCCUGCAGGCAACAGACUCCAUUGAUAGUCCCAGCAGUAGCGCUGCCACUCCGGAAAGCUCUUCCUUCUCUUGCCCGCUCUCUAACAGCGACGGCUCAGAGGAGGGAAAGAGCACAGAGAUUACAGACACAUCCCGCAUCAACCACCUGCCCUCCUCCAUACUGCUCAAGAUUUUUUCUCAUUUGUCAGUGAAAGAACGUUGUCUUAGUGCUUCUCUGGUCUGCAAGUACUGGCGGGACCUCUGCUUAGAUUUCCAGUUCUGGAAACAAAUUGAUCUCAGUGGCCUCCAACAGGUGAAAGAUGACCUCCUAGUGAAGAUAGCAACUCGGAGACAGAAUGUAACAGAGAUCAACAUCUCCGAUUGCCGGAACGUUCAGGACCAUGGCGUGUGUACUCUGGCCUCUCACUGUCCGGGCCUGGUCAAAUACACAGCAUACCGCUGUAAGCAGCUCAGUGACCUGUCCCUCUGCACUGUAGCCUCCCACUGUCCGCUGCUGCAGAAAGUUCACGUGGGCAACCAGGACAAACUGACCGACCAUGCACUGAAACAGCUGGGUGAACACUGUCCUGAGUUGAAAGACGUCCACUUUGGCCAGUGCUAUAACGUCAGUGACGAGGGCCUGAUAGCGCUUGCGAAGGGCUGCCCCAAACUGCAGAGAAUCUACAUGCAAGAGAACAAACUGGUGACGGACAGGUCAGUGCGGGCGUUUGCAGAACACUGUCCAGAACUGCAGUUUGUGGGCUUCAUGGGCUGCUCGGUAACCUCACAGGGGGUCAUACAUCUCACCAGGCUUCGGAACCUCAGUAGUCUGGAUCUUCGGCACAUAUCUGAGCUUAACAACGAGACUGUGAUGGAGGUGGUGAGAAAGUGCCGGAACCUCAGCUCCCUCAACCUCUGCCUCAAUUGGAGCAUCAACGACAGAUGUGUGGAGAUCAUCGCCAAGGAGGGAAGAAGUCUCAAAGAGCUGUACUUGGUGUCAUGCAAGAUAACAGACUAUGCACUGAUAGCCAUCGGGCAGUACAGCAGCACUAUCGAGACGGUGGAUGCAGGCUGGUGUAAGGAGAUCACAGAUCAGGGAGCUACCCAGAUCGCCAAGAGCAGCAAGUCUCUGCGCUACCUAGGCCUGAUGAGGUGUGAUAAGGUGAACGAGGAGACAGUGGAGAGACUGGUCCUGCAAUAUCCGCACAUAGUGUUCAGCACAGUGAUGCAGGACUGUAAGCGGACGCUGGAGAGGGCCUAUCAGAUGGGCUGGAGCCCCAACACCUCCACUGCGUCCUAGCCAACACAAUACACACACUCCUACACUGUCAAGUCCACACACACGAACUCAUGUUUGCCUUCCUUUUCAGCACAGCUGGUCAGUUGUAAGAGCAUUAACAUUGUGCUAGAGCCAUUUCAUUGGAGCUAGUAUGUUUUUUGUUGUUGUUUUUUUUUUUGCCAGACGUCUGUUAUUGGACACAUGAGGGCAAGAUACUUUGAGACUUGAAAUUUUAGUCAUCCAGAACGUACUACACUUGCAUAUAUUUUGCUAGCACACACUCAAAACCAUCCUUUUUACAUACAUUCAAGCUCAAGCAUUAGUGUCUGUAGAGCAGGUUAUAUGUAGGGGGCUGGGUGGGUUUGAGUUGACUUCGUUGAUUUCGUUUUGUUUGAUUCUAAACUCAGUAGACGCACUGCAUUUCCAGCACUGCUCUUCAUAAACCGGUUUAAAAAACCUGUAAUCUUUUUCCUCCUCCAGACUUCUGAAAGGUUACUGUAGCUUAGAGAAAUAAAGUUUUUUUCUUUCCUUCUAAGAUUUCAGACAACGGUCAAGAUGACCAUUAGGGCUACAUGUUUAGACUUCAAGUGACAAUAAAACAUGAGGAUUCCUCCGUGAUUAGUUUGAAUAUUUUCAGUAUUAGAGUUCUUCUUCAGUAUCUGUGUUAUUGUCUAAGUCGUGCAGAAGAAACCGCCUUGAUGAAUGUGGGCUCGGCUCGCGAAUAUAAUGGUACCUUCAGUCUUUGUUUCAGAGUAUUUCAGUCCAGUGAAGUAGGCGACCUCAUAAAAAGAAUGCAGCAGUGAAUGCAGACCUCAUAGCAGGAAGGAAUGGCCCUCUAUAUCUAUAUGUGACAUAUCCAGGAUUAUAAAUGAAAAAAAGAAGACAAAUGUUGCAGGAGAAGACUCUAUUAAUGCCUUCUGUUCUUUUUUCCUUUCAAAAGUAAUGUUGUUUAUCUCUUGUGACAAUGUAAACAGUGGUUUGGAGUUUGUUUUGGCUGUUUAGUUAUGUAGGGUGACUUCUGAGGGAAAAAAACAACCCAAGGGUUAUUCAGUUUUUUUUUGUUUUUUUUUUUGCAUAACCUAUUAAUUUUUUGUUGCCAGGCAUCUGUAUUUGCCUGGAAAUCUAAGUAAGUUCUGGAAUGAUUAAAAAGCUCCAUUUAAACUAUAGAGUUUAGAAUUUAUUCACACCCCCCCUCCCCUCCUUCUUGGUUCCAUAGCCAGUCUGUGAUAUACUCUUAUGCAAACAACCAGGGUAUUUUUCCUAUUGUGUAAAAAUAGUUGAGGCCAGUUUCUUGUAGCUGUUGCACUGCAUCACACGUUAAAGGGGGCAGCAGGUUAGUUAUAUUGUUAUCUUUUACUGUACCUGGGGAUUUGAGUUGAUUAAAAAAUACAAUUUUAAUUCUC